AUACACACAUAUACACAAAAUAUCCAUCUUUACAGUGACAUACCUACAAGCUGUGCUGGUAAAUUGUGACACGCAACGCAAUCACAUUCACAUCAAAUAUCAAUCGCUCUUUCUCUUCCUCCUUCUGAAUCGUCCUUUAUAUAUAUAAUUGAAGAAUCAGAAGGGAAGCUCGGAACAGUUUAGGAAUUGAAUAAGCUAUAGAAUAGUAUAAAGGAAGGGUCCAAAACGCCCAUCGAAACGCUCAUUUUGACUGAAGAAGACGACAAAUUACAGAGACAGUUCCACCUAACUCUACCGCUCAAUUAGUAAUUCAUUUCAUUUCUGCCACCUAAAUGAGUCGCUCAUUCAAAGCUUUCAACAAACACUUCUCUCUCCCUUUCCAUAAACCACGCACUCUCUCUUCAUAUGCUUUCAUCCCUUCCUCUUCUCUCCCCAAUCUCACUGCGUACCGCACUUUCUCCUCCUCUCACUUUCGUUCACUCUCCUCAUCUCCAGCUGCUUCAUUAAUGGAGGUGGUCAAAGCAAUUGCUAAGCAAGAACCUGCAGCUCCUGACAGUGUUGCUAUCAGAGCUGAUCAGAAGAGCUAUAGUUACAAGCAGCUCAUCUCAUCGGCACAGAAGAUUUCUGAUCUCUUGCGUGGCAAUGAUGUGAAAUCAGGAAGUCUUGGUGGACCUCGAAUAGGAAUUGUAGCCAAACCCUCUGUUGAAUUUGUUGCCGGAAUACUUGGGAUUUGGCUUAGUGGAGGUGUUGCUGUUCCACUUGCAACCAGCUAUCCAGAAGUAGAGCUUUUGUAUGUGAUUAAUAAUUCGGAUGUAUCUGCAAUACUGAGUACUGAAGAUCAUAGUGAAUUAAUGCAAAGCAUUGCCGAUAAAAGCUCUUCUCAGUUUUUUCAUCUUCCACCUGUUAAGUCUUCAGAGAAAAGCAGGGAUGAACACUUUCAGAAUGGGGAAAUUGAUGCAGACAGAAUUUUCCUGGAUGACAUUGGAAGAUCAAGUGAAGAUCCAGCACUGAUUUUGUACACUAGUGGAACUACAGGUAAACCCAAGGGAGUUGUUCAUACACAUAGAAGCAUCAUUUCCCAGGUCCAAACCUUGACAAAAGCGUGGGAGUACACAUCUUCUGACCAGUUUCUGCAUUGUCUACCACUGCAUCAUGUUCAUGGGCUUUUCAACGGUUUAAUGGCCCCUCUCUAUGCUGGUUCCACGGUUGAGUUUUUGCCAAAAUUUAGUGUGAGGGGAGUUUGGCAGAGAUGGCGUGAGUCAUAUCCAACUGCAGGAUCUAACGCCGAUGAUGCUAUAACUGUGUUCACUGGAGUUCCAACUAUCUAUGCCCGAUUGAUACAAGGUUAUCAUGCAAUGGAUCCUGAGCUACAAGCUGCUUCAGCAUCUGCUGCAGGGAACCUGCGUCUUAUGAUGUGUGGAUCAUCUGCACUUCCUCAACCUGUUAUGCAAGAAUGGGAAGCCAUCACUGGGCAUCGCUUAUUGGAACGAUAUGGCAUGACUGAAUUUGUCAUGGCAAUGUCAAAUCCAUUGAGAGGUGAGCGCAAGGCAGGAACUGUUGGCAAACCAUUUCCUGGUGUUCAGGUCAAGAUUAUUGCCGAUGAGGAGAGUGGAAAUGAUAAUACUGGAGGGGGUGAGCUUUGCAUCAAAAGCCCUUCAUUGUUUAAAGAAUAUUGGAAACUUCCUGAGGUAACAAAGGAAUCUUUUACUGAUGAUGGAUUCUUUAAGACUGGAGAUGCAGUUACGACAGAUGAAGAUGGAUAUUACAUUAUUCUAGGACGUACUAAUGCUGAUAUAAUAAAGGCUGGUGGCUAUAAGCUGUCUGCAUUAGAAAUUGAAUCAGUUAUAAUAGAGCAUCCAACUGUCUCAGAAUGUUGUGUUUUGGGCUUACCAGACAAAGACUAUGGAGAGAUUGUUGGUGCAAUCAUUGUGCCAAAGCCUGAUGUCAAACGAAAGCGAGAUGAAGAGUCAAAGCCUGCUCUAAGCCUAGAAGAGUUAUCCACCUGGGCCAAGGACAAAAUUGCACCUUACAAGAUUCCAACUCAACUAAUGUUGUGGGACUCACUCCCUCGCAAUGCCAUGGGGAAGAUAAAUAAAAAAGAGCUGAAGAAGCUGCUUGUUUCAGCACAGUGAACUCCAUUUGAGUAUUAUUCACUGGACAAAGUUAUUUAAGACGGUGGCAAUCUCCACCAAUUAUUUAAAGCUUAUUGUUAGGGGGUAAAGGCAGAGAAUAUAGCACAACUUUAGCUUUUUAACUUCCAUGAGGAGGGUUGAAUGUAUUUAAUGAAAAUAUUUAUUAUUUUAAAAAUGAAAACAAAAUAUUUACAUUCUUUUAAUAAUUAAAAAUAUUGAAUGAUGUGUAAUAAAACCAUUCAUAUUUUUUUUUCAUGACAAGUUCUGUAGGUAAACCGAGGAAAUAUAAUGUCAAUACUAUGAAUUUACGAGCAAUCGGAUAUUAUUUGCGU